GGGGUGGGAAAAAAGUUAGGGGGACGCCCCUGAUGCGCACGUGACCAAAUGAUUGGUGGGAAAAUAGUUUCUUUGAUUAACUGACAAUUUUGCUGCUCUCUGAUGGGAUCCAUCUUAUAUUUGCCCUGCACUCAACUGAUGCAGUCAUUUGUGAGCCUCUCUCGCCGAGACAAGACGCUGGCGCGUUCGGAGGAAGGAAAACUCGUUUCUUGCCGUGACCGAGACACGCUCCAAAUGAUGCCGACCCAGCGACACUUGUUGCGGCCCCACUCCAAGCUUGGAAUCACGGCCACGUUGAUGUUGCGUCCGAAUCCGGGCCCGGAAGGUUUCUUCGGGUUCCCGCAGCCGGCCGUGGCCCCAGCCGUUAACCCCGAGAUGGGCAACCACGACUCGCCGGACCCGGGACCCGGCGCCCUACCGGGGGGGAAUCGUCGCCCUGAAGGCUCCCCACCGCCGCAGCUCCAGACCCCCGGCGACCUCGACGCCCUGGCCACGGACACAAGACGACUUAUCGGCCGCUUUCUCAGUGACUUUACCGGCUUGACCACCACGGCCACUUGGAAGGAAAGUAAAGUCCAGUCGACGAUAAAAAGGGUCGUUCAGAGAAUCGUGGACAAACACAGGUUCCUGUACAAUGGCAUCAUCAACGAAGUGCCGUUGGACAGAAGAGGGGACGACAUGGCCUUCGUCAGCGAGGUGGCCGGGCUUGAGUUUGCAGACGGGGACACCGACUGGGGUCACGUCGCCAGCCUGCUGGCUUUCGCCGCCGUGCUGUCUCAGGCCUUGAAGGAGAUGCGGCGGGAGGGGGGGUGUGUGGCGCUCGUGGCCCAGGAGGUCUCCACCUACCUGCUGUCGCAUCAGCGCACCUGGCUCGUGCAGCACAACGCAUGGAACGGCUUUGCAGAAUUCUUUGAGGAAGAUGACGUGGAGUCGAGAGCGAGGGCCCUCCUCGUCGUCUUCGGCGGUUUGGCCUGCAUAUUGGCGUCGGCGCUGAGUUUGCUCCGUUGAACUCUGAGGACCGUUUGGCGUAUCACAAUCCCAAGCAACAGCUUCACAAGGAGGAAGUGAUAUGGACCAUUUUUGUACAGUUUUAGCGACAAUGGGAAAGACGCAUGCACAAAAACCAAAUCUGUCAUUUUUUUACGUUGAUAAAUGUCUCCUGUGUUGAAACAGCACGCUUCGUGUUGUAUUACCAAAACGUUGUGUACAGUAUGACAAACUGUCUAAUAAACAUUGUAGAAAUGUGA